AUGAGUGAAGGAUGGGACUUUGGAGUGAUAAUCGUGUCACAGUUGGCUUUCUUUGGCCUAGGAUGGGUAUUCUUUAUGAAACAAUUGUUCAAAGACUAUGAAGUGCACGAAAGAUACGUCCAAGUCAUCUUCAGCGUGAUGUUCGCAUUAUCAUGCACAAUGUUCGAGCUGAUCAUCUUCGAAAUAGUGGAUGUGAUGCAGCCACAACAUCGGUUUUUGACGUGGAAGAUUGGAUUGCACACAAUAUUAAGCAUUUUGAUCUUUUUCUUGCCAUUUUUGAUCAGCUACUCUUUGGUCAAGUCGAUUAGGAUAAGUAAGUUUCUUUUGUUAUUUUGUUGUGUUUUUAGAUAUGAAAUGAACUUUAAAAUAAUUUUAAAAGAUGAACGAGAGAAUACUGAUUAUUUUUAUAUGCGUAUUAUAAAGAAAUGUAAAAGUUUUGUUUGAGACCAAUUGAAUAUUCACCUUGAGCGACAUCAGAUGGUUGGUGAUAGCGAAUUGCUUGAUUACCGAUGAUUUUGGGUCGUCAAAAGCUUUGAGAUGAUUUAAGCUACUUUUAUUAUAGUUUUUACUGUCUUUUAAUAAGUAUUGUUAACUAAAAGUAUUUUAUUUCAAUGUGUUUUGGCUCGUAUAUUAUUUAUGAUCAUUGGAUGGCUGUUGACGAUAUAAUUUGACCUAUACAGUAAUUUUCGGAUAUGAUAACGUUUAGGGAUUGUUUUUAACAGUUAAAAUGAGGUUAUUUCUUUUAUUUUUUCUUACUUUUUGGCAAAUAUAUGCGCUUUUACUUGAAUGCUACUGAAUGUUAUUCAUGAGGGUCAAUCUGAAGGAUUUGCUCAUGGAAACUUGAUUUUACUGAGCUUUUUACGUAAAAUAUGAGAAAAAGUUUUAUUAUUUAUUAAAAGGUGUGGUUUUAUGUUACUUUUUUAUAUUCAAUUUAUUAAAAAUUUUAUUUUCAGUCCCAGUAAAUUGGAUAUUCCCCAUGACAGUGAUCAGCUGGUUGGUCUUUAUCUACUUCUUUUGGAAAAUUGGUGACAACUUUCCCAUCCUAAGUCAAAAACAUGGUAUUUUUACGAUCGAACAAGCGAUAAGUCGAAUUGGCAUUAUUGGAGUGACAGUCAUGGCCUUACUCUCGGGUUUUGGUGCUGUAAAUGCGCCAUAUACUUGUAUGGCUUACUUUGCUCGACACGUCACGCCAGAUGACAUUUUGAUAUUGGAGAAGAAGUUGAAGCAAACAUUGGAUAUGAUUGUGGUGAAGAAGAGGAAGAUGUUGAUGAAGGAGAUUGAGAUCAAGAACAGCGCCUUUUCCAACGGCGGAUACUUGGGUGGGGGGCUUUUUAACCGCGUUUUGGGGACGUUCACGAAUCGAGGAAGUAACGAGCAGAUUGGGUAGGUUUUUUAUUUGAAUUUGCUUGGUAUAAGGACAUAAAGUUGUAUUAAAGUUGUGAUACAUGGUUUGAAUGGCAUGUAAACUAUGUUAAUAUAAAUUGAGUGAACUUUUUCACAAUUUUAAUAUAGUCACAGUGACUUUUAAGCAAUUUUAGUAUAGGUAAAUGUUCUAUAAGCUUUGUUAUUAUAGGUUUAAUGAAGUAUAAGCCAUUUUAUUCAAAAAUAUACGAUAAACGUUACAUUUUCAGGAUAAUGGAAUCCGAAAUAGCACCGUUGGAAGAGUUCAGUCGACACCUAUUUCUCGAACUGGUCGAGUUAGACAAUAUGAAGGUAAUGUAAUUAUAUAUGUUGGAAAUGAUACUUUUUGCAAUUUUUUAUCAUGGAAAGAAAGUCCUUGUCAUUUUUAAGUUUUUAAAAAGAGUUCUUACUAUUUUUUGUUUUGUAAAGAAAGUUCUUGCCAUUUCUAACCUAAAAGUCAUUUUAGAUUCGGAACGAGUACGGUAAGACUCUCCAAGGCCGAUACUUCAACCUGAUGGGAUACUUCUUCUCUUUAUAUUGUGUAUGGAAGAUUUUCAUAUCCACCGUGAACAUCGUCUUCGAUCGUGUGGGCAAGGUGGAUCCGGUAACCAGAGGCAUCGAAAUCGCGGUCGAACACAUGGGAUUCUCGAUGGACGUUCGCUUUUGGUCGCAGCAAAUCUCCUUCCUACUGAUCGGUAUUAUAGCCGUGACUUCGAUCCGAGGACUGUUGAUCACGAUUGCCAAGUUUUUCAAUGCCAUUUCGAGUAGGAAGUCGUCGAACUUGAUUGUACUGGCGCUGGCACAUGUUAUGGUAGGUUUGAAUGGAAGUUUUUGCAAUUUUUUGUCUUGUAAAGAAAGUUUUUGCAAUUUUUUGUCUUGUAAAGAAAGUUUUUGCAAUUUUUUGUUUUGUAAAGAAAGUUCUUGCCAUUUAUCGUUCUGUAAACAAAUUUCUUACUAUCUUGUGUUUUUUAAAGAAAGUUCUUGCCGUUUUAUCAAGUUGUCAAACCUUACUUUCAGGGCAUGUACUUUGUGAGCAGCGUGCUGUUGAUUCGUAUGAAUAUGCCACUGAAGUACCGCAAGAUCAUCACUGAAGUGUUGGGCGAACUCCAGUUCAACUUCUACCACAGGUGGUUCGACUUGAUCUUCCUGAUCGCUGCCUUAUGCAGCAUUUUAUUCCUAUAUCUGGCUCAUAAGAAGACACCGAUUCAUAUUUAA